AUGCAAGUUUCCAAGUCAAGAAGAUCAUUUUAUCUCCAAGUGUUAGUUCUCGCUGCGCGCAGAACGAAGCUUCGGAAGUUUGGCCGCGCGCGGAGGAGUUCCCGACGUCCAAAAGUUACGAUCUUGAUAUGGAAAGAUAGAUACUUGAGUCAUGCAUCACGUCGAAGUGGAAUGAAGCCAUUUGGAUCAACUAUGAGGCCUAGACUUAUUUUCUACCGAGACAUGUCCGGUAAGCGAGUAAACGAAGCCCAUGGAGGAUUUGGAGUGUCUAAUGGCCCGAGCAGCAGCGCCAAAGGCCUUGAUCGAA